UCAAACCAUGUAUUUUAGUCAUUGGAAAUCCGAGAUCAUGAUUAUAUAGCAUAUUAUACUAUGGAUUCAUUUUUGUUUCAAUUAAAGCUAAUUGCCAAACAAUUGUCGUUAAAUAAAAUCAAAUUAUGUCGAAUUAUCUUUCGUUAUUUUCGAUGAUCUUAAUUUUCCAAGGACAAUGCUUUUACGGCAUUCACGGAGAAGAUCAACCAAUUACUAAUAUCACUGGCAUGUGGUAUGCAGUUAUGGCGUCUCCCUGUUCCGACGGCAAAGACUGUAAUAUUUUCUCGAAUAACCAAAAGCCAUGCAAUUGUAUAUCAGCAAACUUUAUUGCUCUCCAGAAUGCUGGCUGGCAAAUAUACAUAAGUGCGCUCAACAACGACACUUCUCAAUUAACUGUCGAUAUGGGAGGCGCGUCGUUCACGCCGCCUGGAUGUACAACAGAAAUACAAGGUUUCAUUUACAGCCGAGCUACAAUGGCAUCGAGCGUAUUAUCAAAAUCAAGUUGCGGACUUUCUGAAAACGUUCAUGGAAAUACAUUUUUUUUGACGUUCAAAAUGACCAUUAUCGCUUCUAAUCUCGAAUAUUUUUAUAUGAUCACCUCAUUUACCACAAAUACAAAUCCGAACACUCAAACAGUUAUAUGGUGCCGUAAGAAAACUCCUGGCAAAAAAACUAUUUGGACCCAAAUAGAUCAGCACAUGAAAAGACUUAAUUUGGAUAUCCAUAAAUUAAGUUUCAUUAAUCAAAUAGGUUGCACAUAUCCAACGCAAAAUCAAUGCAACGAAAUAUUUUUCUGUUAAUAAUCAAAACUGCUAUACCAUACUGUAAGUUAAUUAUGUAGCAGUAAAACACAAUGUAUAAUAUAUUAUAUGUAUUAUUGUAUUAAACAACUAAAAUUAUUAAACAUCAAA